UCUUUUAUGUAAUUCACUUCUCUUACUUUCUACUACUGUUAUCAAACCUUAAGCAUACUAUUAUUAUGUCUUUAGUUUCUCUACUCCAAACUCUACCAAAACUCAGUUGAAAAAAUGGAUGGAUUUGAUGGUGAGGCGGAGAUUACACGUCGAAGUGACAAUCAUCAUCCUACUGUUUAGGGAGAUCAUUUUCUUGCCUAUGCUAAUCUCUCGGUCACUCGGAAAUAUUUACAAGGUGCCAAUGAAUGGGAUGAGAAGGAACAUAAGGAUCUAAAAGAAGAAGUGAGAAAAAUGCUAGUGAUUUCUCCAUCCAAAUCUUUGCAAAAAAUUGAACUUAUCAACACAAUCCAAUUGCUUGGAGUGGCAUACCAUUUCGAACAUGAGAUUGAGGAAUCAUUGAGUAACAUGUAUAAUGGUUAUGAAGAAUGGAUUGGUGAAUUUUGUGAAAGUGACCUUCAUGUUGCUGCUCUAAGUUUUCGAUUACUUAGACAACAAGGUUACUAUCUCUCAUCUGAUGUUUUUAGAAAGUUCAUCGAUGACCAAGGAAAUUAUAAUAAAGCAUUGGUUAAUGACAUGCAAGGAUUAUUAAGCUUGUACGAGGCAACACAAUUCAGAGUACAUGAUGAAGAAAUUUUGGAUAAAGCAGUUAAUUUUACCACCAUUCAUUUGAAGUUAAUGUUGCCUAAAUUGAGUAAUUCUCUGUCGAUACAAGUGAGCAAUGCGCUAAAGUAUCCAAUCAACAAAACUAUAGCCAGAGUAGCAACUAGAAAAUACAUAGCGUUUUACCAAGAAGAUAAAUCAUGUGAUCAAGUGUUAUUUAAUUUUGCGAAAUUGGACUUCAAUACAUUGCAGAAGAUGCAUAAACGGGAGCUAUGUGAUAUCACAAGGUGGUGGAAAGAAUUGAACUUGGCAAAUGAACUACCUUUUGCAAGAGACAGAGUGGUUGAGUUGUACUUUUGGUCUUUGGGUGUGUACUUUGAGCCCCAAUAUAAUGUUGCCAGGAAAAUACUAACCAAAGUGUUAUGUUUCGUUUCAAUUACUGAUGACAUCUAUGAUACAUAUGGAACACUCAAUGAACUUACUCUCCUUACAAACGCAAUAGAAAGGUGGAACAUCGACGCUGCAGAAAAUCUAGCGUCCUAUAUGAAACUCUUUUACACUGCUCUCCUACAUCUUUACAAUGAAGUGGAGAAAGAGUUGGCAAAGGAGAACAGGUCCUUUCGAGUCAACUUUGCUAUUAGUGAGAUGAAAAAGUUGGUGAGAGCUUAUUUUCAAGAGGCGAAAUGGUAUCAUGGGAACACAAUCCCUAGAAUGGAGGAGGAGUAUAUGAAGAAUGGAAUUAAAAGUAGCACUAUCCCAAAUCUUUCUACUGCUUCUUGGUUAGGCAUGGGUGAUGAAGCAACCAAAGAGGCAUUCAAAUGGAUUACAACUGAACCUCCAAUUCUCAUCGCUUCCUCUAUUAUUGCAAGAUUGUUGAAUGAUAUUGUAUCACAUGAGAGAGAAAUAGAAAGAGGAGAUGUAGCUUCAGGUAUUGAUUGUUACAUGAAUGAAUAUGAUGCCACAAAGGAAGAAGCUUACAUGGAGAUGAGGAAAAUAAUAGAGAAUAGUUGGAAGGAUUUGAAUCAACGAUGCCUAAAACCAACAACAGUACCAAGAGUUUUGCUCAUGCCAGUGCUUAACCUUAUUAGGACGUCAGAAUUCUUUUAUAAAGAUGAAGAUGCUUAUACUUCUUCCAAAAAUAACUUAAAAGACGUCAUUUCUAUGGUGCUUGUUGAUCCCAUUAAAGUAUGAAAGCAAAUUGAAGGACAAAAUAAAGAAAAUGGAAUAAAGAAAUUGUAAUCCUCUACAAUGCUUAUAUUUCUUUUGCACUUAAUUGUGGAUGUUUAUUUGCUACUCCAAUAAGCAGUUUUGUAAACAACAUUGCAUGCAACUUUUGUUCUUCUAUAAAUAGAAAGUCAUUUCUGUUCAUUUA